UCAAACUGUCAUUCGGGAAAGACAUCCUGGAAGACAUGAAAGCUAAGAUGGAGGCGUUUACGGCCUCUACGCUGGUGUUCCUCAAAGGAAAAAACGUCCUUCUGAACUUCGAGGAGCUGCUUGAAGAGGAUCCCGGGAAAGUGGCUCUUCUAAACCUGCCCCUCGUUUUCAAUGAAAAGCGGCAGCUUCUUUUCACCACAGAGGAAGUUCGGACACUGACCCCACUGAUCCAUCUCGAGGGAAAUGAAUUUGACAUCUUUUUGGAUGGUGUCCUGACAGUGAGGGGCAUCAGAACAACGGUAGAAGCUGUGUGCACAUUGCUGGCAGUGUACUAUAUUUUUGACGUCAAGUACCCGGCGGGUCUAGGGCACACAAUGAAGUUUAUUGCUCAUUUUUUUUUUUGUACUCUCGGAGAGAACAUCUCUGUUCCAGUUAAGAGGUUUGUAAACUUUUUAACUGUUUGACUGUUCAAAGGAAACUGUCUUGUUGGCCUGACAGCCAUCUCGUCUUAAGUACAACUGUUUCAUAUUUGUUAGUUCUUUUAAUGUGAAGAGAAGAAU